AUGCCACAGAAGAAGAAAACAUAUCCCAGCUGGUCCAUGUUCCCAGAACAUCACGACUCAGUAUCCGAUGAACUCGCCAAAUCCGGGCUCCUCUUCUCAUUCAACGAAGACGACGAUGAAGACUCUUGCAGUCAAGAUUACGACACGAACAUCAUGGGUCGGUUCAGAUGCCACAGAGGUAACUGCAAGACACAAGGGUGGUCAAGCAAGCGAAUCGCCAUCACGAUCCGAAGAUACCACCCCGCCAGCUACAACGUCCGAGUGUAUCACCAGCGAUGCAAGAGCUGCAACAGUCUGAGCCGACCGGAUCUCGACGUACAAUCCUACGUGGAUAGGAUCACAUAUCGGCUCAAGAAGUGGAACGGACUUCAGGUUGAGACGCCAGUUUACUUUGGAGAAUCUAACGCCCCGCACGAGGAGGAUUUGUGUGAGGGCUGCAAGAUGGGACACUGUACCCAGUCGGGCGGGAGGGUUGUCACUUUCCCCGAUUACUGGUAG